CGAGCCGCCGGGUCAGCCCGCGUGUCCCGCCUUCUCUGCUCAGGGCCUCUCCUUCCUGCCCCGCUGUCCUCCGUGGCCAGUCCCCUGCCUCCGGGCAAAGCCCACCUAGUCUGCUGAGCAGGCCCCUGCUGCUGGCAGUAGCAGACCCGUCCCUUCCCCCGCCCCCCCACUACCGCCACACCAUGGUGGAACUCGGAGAAAAACUGCCAGAGGAAGUGUUGGCGCUCAUCUUCCGCGAUCUGCCUCUUAGAGACCGGGCUGCAACCGCCAGAGUCUGCAAGGCCUGGGCUGCCGCCACCACCAGCAGUGCUGUGUGGCGUGACACCAGCAUCAGUUGUGACAGUGAGCUGGAAGACUUGUUGCCACCGUAUUUGUAUGCCUGCCUGGACCACAUUCACAACCUACGGCUGGAAUAUGAGCCAUCAAAGAAGCCCAGCCGCCGAACAGCCACUGAGCUACUGAGGGCUCUUGCCGACCGAGCCCCAGGACUUCGAGGCCUACGCUUGGAAUGCUGCGGAGAGAAGCCGCUUUUCGACGCCGGCGGCGACAUCCUGAGCGCUGUGCACGCAGUCUGCGGAGCCGCUCACCAACUGCGCCACCUCGACCUGCGCCGCUUGCCCUACACACUAGACGACACGCUGGUGCUUCAGGCUGCACGUGACUGUCCCGAGCUCCGUAGCCUUUUCCUGGACAACUAUGCACUAGUGGACAACGUGCAGCCCAGCUCUGUGCUCAAGCUUUUGGAGGCUUGCCCGCACCUGCGCGCCCUUGGACUGCACCUGGCCAGUCUGUCGCCUAAGGCGCUGGAACUGCUGGCCGCGCCACAUCGCGCCCCUUUUGCACUCCUGGCAUUGAGGUGCGCGUGCCCCGAAGAUGCUCGUGCGCCCCUCCUGCCUGAUGAAGCCUGGGCGACACUGCGUUGCCGCCACCCUGGGCUGGAGGUGGAGCUGGAGCUGGAGCCUGCGCUUUCAGACGAGGCCGUAAUGCGCGUCCUGCAACCAGCCGUACCAGUAGCUGUGCUGCGUCUCAAUCUCUCGGGUGACACGAGUGGGACCAGCUUCCUCGUAAGUGAUCAGAGCCGCUUCGCCAAAGAAGUCCUGCCUCAGUAUUUCAAGCACAGCAACAUGGCGAGCUUUGUUCGCCAACUCAACAUGUAUGGUUUUCGGAAGGUGGUAAGCAUUGAGCAAGGUGGCCUUCUCAGGCCAGAGCGUGACCACGUUGAAUUCCAGCAUCCAAGCUUCGUGCGAGGCCGGGAGCAGCUACUGGAGCGCGUGCGCCGCAAGGUACCUGCGCUGCGAGGCGAUGACAGUCGAUGGCGUCCUGAAGACCUAGGCCGACUGCUGGGAGAGGUGCAAGCUUUGAGGGGAAUGCAGGAGAGCACGGAGGCACGGCUGCAGGAACUCAGGCAGCAGAACGAGAUCUUGUGGCGAGAAGUGGUGACCCUGCGACAGAGCCACAGUCAGCAGCACCGGGUCAUCGGCAAGCUAAUCCAGUGCCUAUUUGGGUCGCUUCAGACAGCACCCAGCAGUUCAGGAACCAAGAGAAAGCUGUCCCUGAUGCUGGAUGAGGGGGAUUCAUGCUCGGCCUCUGCCAAAUUCAAUGCCUGCCCGGUCUCUGGUGCUCUCCUCCAGGACCCCUACUUUAUCCAGUCGCCUCUCCCAGAGACUACCCUGGGCCUCAGCCCUCACAGGGACAGAGGGCCCAUCAUCUCUGACAUCCCAGAGGAUGCUCCAUCUCCUGAAGGGCACAGACUUUCUCCCUCUGGUGGUGGCAGGAGGGUGAAGGGCCUGGCAUUGCUCAAAGAAGAGCCGGCCAGUCCAGGGGGGGAUGGCGAGGCCAGGCUGGCCCUGGCCCCAAACGAGUGUGACUUCUGCGUGACAGCACCCCCACCGCUGCCCGUGGCUGUGGUGCAGGCCAUCCUGGAAGGGAAAGGGAGCUACAGCCCUGAGGGGCCCAGGAGUGUACAACAGCCUGAACCCAGGGGCCCCAGGGAGGUACCCGACAGGGGAACUCUGGGCCUGGAUCGGGGUAAUAGGAGCCCAGAGAGUCUGCUGUCCCCAGUGCUGCUUCGGCCUCCCCCUGAAACUGUGGAACCCAUAGCACCCAUGGAUGUGCUGGGCCCUGGCCUUCCAGGACGAGAAUGGACCCUGAUGGAUUUGGACAUGGAGUUGUCUCUGAUGCAGCCCUUGGCUCAAGAGAGAGGUGAGGCUGAGCUGACCGUCAAGGAGUUGAAUUCUUCAGGUGUAGGGAAAGACCACACGCUGGGAACCCCACUCCUGCUGGAUGUUCCGGUGGAUUUGCAGGGUACAGCUCUGUCAGUGCCUGGGGCUUUAACCCUUUACAGUGCUCCUGAAAGCAGUGCCCCCUACUUGGAUCCUGGAGCCAGUCCUUCCUCCCCCUAGACUCCCGCCCCUCUG